AUGGCAGAGGUUGCUAAAGGAUUAGAGAAACUCAUAAGCAAUGGUGUCAACUCCAAAUAUUUGACAGAAAAGUAUAUCCUUCCUCUUGAAGAACGACCCAAGUUCUCUUCCGAUGAAUCCCUUUCUGAAUCCAUUCCUGUAAUCGUUCUCAGUCGUGUUUCUGAUGGUUUAGGUCGACAAAAUAUUAUCUGGCAGAUCACUAAAGCCUCUGAAGACUAUGGAUUUUUUCAGAUCAUGAAUCAUGGGGUUCCAGAAGAUGUUAUUCAAGAAAUGCUAGGUGUUGCCUCAGAGUUUUUUGAGAUGCCCAUUGAAGAGAGAGCAAAGCUUUACUCUGAGGACCCCAAAACACAAGUAGCUAGCAAGUAUGUUCUUGAGAUCAAGGCAUUGAUACUAAAGCUCUUGGCUCUAUUAUCUGAAGGACUUGGGCUUGGUUCUGGUUAUUUGAAUGAAAAAUUUGGCAAGCAUAAUCAAAUACAGUUGAUAAAUUACUAUCCUCCAUGUCCAGAUCCCAACCUAACACUUGGUCUGCCAGGGCAUUCCGAUCCGAAUGGCAUUACAGUUUUUUUGCAAGAUGAAGUAGGAGGAUUGCAAGUGCUCAAAGAUGGAAAAUGA